CUCUGCUGCUCUCUGUAACCCGGCCAGAACCAACACCAGAUCCAAACAUGUCCAUCGGUUUUGCAUCCAGCCUGAAUCAAUCUGAUGAGCUGAGGAUAGUUCUGGUGGGGAAGAGCGGGAUUGGGAAGAGCGCCAGCGGGAACACCAUUCUGGGUCGAAGCUGCUUCCAGUCCAGGUGCAGUCCCAGGGCUCUGACGGUGGAAUGUGCCAAAGAGACUGGUGUGGUGGAUGGACAGAGGGUUGCUGUCAUUGACACGCCGGGUCUGACUGACACCAGGUUUGGUUCAGAUAAAACAGCCAAAGAUCUGAGCCCAUGUGUCUCCUUCUCUGAUCCUGGACCCCACGUCUUCCUGGUGGUGGUCUCACUGAGCAGGUUCACCGAAGCAGAGAAGCAGACGGUGAAACGGAUCCAAGAAGUCUUUGGACAGGCUGCAGACAGAUACUGCAUGGUCCUCUUUACUCACGGAGACCUUCUUGAAGGUGGCACCAUCGAAGAGUUCUUGUCUGACAGUCGAGAACUGCAGGAGCUUGUGUCCAGCUGUAAAAACCAGUUUCAUGUCUUCAACAACAGGCUGACGGACAAGAAGCCUCAGGUCCUCCAGCUCCUGCAGAAGAUCAGAGACAUCGUCCAGAAGAACGGGGGAAGCCACUACACCAACGAGAUGUUCCAGGAGGCUGAGAGGACAACUGAAGAGGAGAAACAACGAAUCCUGAGGGAGAAAGAGGAGAAAAUGCGUAAAAGGAAAGAAGAAAUGGAGAGAGAAGCAGAAGAAAAAUGUCAAAAAGACUUGCAGAAAUUAAAGGAUGAAUAUGAGACACUGCAGAGGAACAGAGAGAAGAAACAAAAGAAAAUACAAGACGGGUCUGUUCCAGGAGCACAGCGGGUCCUCGGAGCCAACGGGAUCGAAAUCUGCUCAGAUGACCUGAUGCAGUUUGAAUGUGAAGGAGUCCUGGAGGCUGGGGGGAGAGUAGAAAAACAUGAAGAACAAGAAGAAAAGAAGAGAAAAAGAGAAAUUGAGAAUGAAAAGAACACCCAGAGUGAGAACGGAGGGGAGAGAGAGCUGAUMAACACAAACCAACAGAUCUUCAGGAUGUUUCAGGAAGCUCUGAGUGUGCACGAGAAAAAACUACAAAACCUGAAGGAGAAAGAGGAGCAGAUACACAAAGACAGAGAAGAAGUCGAGCGAGAAAUAAAGACCAUGAUGCAGAAUAUGUUUGAGCAGCUGCAGAUCGAAAGAGAGAAGGAGAGGCAGGAAAGGCAAAGAGAGUUGGCCACCAUGAUGGCUUCGUUUAAAGAACAGAGAGAAGGAGAACUCAAAGAGCAAGAAGAAAAGAUCAGACAUAUCAUGGAGAGAACUGUGAGAAAAACCUUUGAGAUGUUUCAGGAGGCACAGAGAGAAACCAAGGAGGAGRAACAACAGUAUAUGAGGGAGAAAGAGGAGGAGAAGGACAGAAAAUUACUGGAAAUGUUUAACAAUAUGAUGCAGAAAAUGACUGAACWACUCCAGACUGAGAGGGAGAGAGGGGAGGGAGGGGAGGGAAAGAAGAGAGAACAAGAGGAGAGGAGAAGAGACACGGCAUCCAUGAUGACUGAACUGAACAACCAGAGAGAACUGAACAUGAGGGAGCUGGAGACGGGAUGCUGCACAGGAAAMUAUGAAGGAAACCAUCAUGAGUUGUUCCAGGGAGCAAACAGGGAGAAACAAGCCAACGUGAAGGGGAGAGAGGAGAAAAUACAGAAAGACAAGAAGUGGUGGAAGUGA